AUGGACUCGGUUAUCAAACCUACUAAAUGUUGCUAUUUUGUUCCCUUGAAAGUAGGAGUUAUUAUUAUAACACUUUUUUGGCCGAUUGAAUCAAUAGUUCUCAUCAUUUAUUUUACAUCAAUUAUUAAAAAUGAAAGAUUAUUACUAUUUUUGGUGUGUAUUAUUGUUGCUAGUUCAGUUUUACUAGAUACAUUCGGAAUAAUCGGUAUUGCGCUCUUUUCUAACCAUGAUAUAGCAUCAUGGAUAAUUGCAAAUGCCGUAGAUUUUAUUCUCUCG